AAUAUCUCGAAUCCUCUUACAAGAUAUCUAUUGAUUUUGCUGAAGGAUACUAUGAUUGUUUUCAAUAAAACUUUGGAGGUAACUGACAAAAAACCUUACAACAUUACGAAUCUUGUUCCUUACGCAACGUAUAAAAUUAAUGUAACCGCUGGCAAUUCUGAAGGCUUUGGUAGAUCAACUACAGCUACUUUUAGAACUGCUGAAGAUGUUCCCGAAGGUCCACCUUUAAAUGUUCAAAUUGUCGCCUUAAGCAGUUCAUCGUUAUCAGUUACGUGGGAGCCACCAGAUAAGAACAAAACAAAUGGAAAGAUAGUCAGUUACACUGUUUGUAUUACACAUUUGGAGAAUGAAAACUGUUCAAUGAAGUAUAUGAUCGAGGAACAGCGUUUGGACAUAAAUAAUGUGAAACAAGGGACAAAAUAUUAUGUUCGAGUUUUAGCUUCUACAAUAGUGGGAUCUGGAAUUUACAGCAAUGUUAUAUGGGUAUUUACAAAUGGAUUGGCACCUGAACUGUCCACCAAGCAGAUUGGAAAUACGUUGACUUAUUUGUUCCAAAAUCCAAAUUUGGAAUAUCGAUAUUUCUAUGUAGUCGCGAUGAAAAAUGGCACAGAAGAGAGUCGAUUGCCUUCUAACUUUAAAAACACAGACUUAGGGACUUAUUCUGAGGCAAUAUCUUCCGCACAACCAAUGCCCUAUAUUGCUGCUGUAGUCUCUCGCAGAGACUUUAAGCCGGAUUUUACACUUGGUGAUGCUUGGCACUAA